UGAUGGCUUUAUUAAAGCGAAGCUCAAGACCCUGUAACCCUGCCCAAGAUAAGCUGCUAGAAGAUGGAUGGAUUAAGGUGCAUAAAGUGAAAAAGCAGACUGGAGGCACAUUUCACACUUACACAGUAUUUACUGUCAGCUUCCCAGUAACAUUCGUUGCGACGUCGCUUUAAGCCGCUGGGAGGCGCCCUUGCGCUGGCAGCGGGGUGUUUGCAGAAAGUCGCUGGGGGAAGGACGCUGUACCGAGGUAGGAAACAAAUCGGCGUUUGCCUCCAUCAUGUGAGGCAGCCGACUCCGCCAGGCCAUCCGACCGGGAGAGGCGCACACGGUGCUGGGUCAGAGAAUGGAGGUGGGGUCUUCGGCAGGUCCCCUAAACUCCACCAGCCUGGGGAAAAACAGCAGCAAAGGCAGAGGCGACUCCUUCAGGCUGCAUGUGGUCACGUGGAACGUGGCUUCCGCAGAACCUCCGGGUGACGUCAGUGCGCUGCUUCAGCUGGCUGCGCACCGGCCCCCUGAUCUCUAUGCUAUUGGCUUGCAGGAGGUGAAUUGUACUCCCCUGAAGUUUGUGGCAGACCUAGCCUUUGAGGAUUCCUGGAGCAACGUCUUCAUAACCAGACUAGCAGCUCAGGGCUACAUGAAGGUCAGCUCCAUCCGCAUGCAGGGCCUCCUCCUCCUCCUCUUCUCGCGUCUCGAUCACGUGCCCUUCAUCCAUCACAUCGAGACCACUUACACCCCCACCGGUUUCUGGCACUACUGGGGCAACAAGGGCGGGGUCUCAGUGCGCUUCUCCUUUUAUGGCCACGCCCUCUGCUUCCUGAACUGCCAUCUGGCCGCACACAUGGACUACGCCUCGCAGCGCGUGGACGAGUUUAAGUACAUCCUGUGCACACAGUCCUUCAGCGUGGCCGACACGCCGCACGUCCUCGACCACAGGCUGGUGUUCUGGUUCGGGGACUUGAACUUUCGCAUCGCAGACCAUCCCACGGACCUGGUUCAGUCUGCCGUUGAUAAGGAGCGCUUCAGUCUGCUGUGGGAGAAGGACCAGCUGACCAUGAUGAAGGAGCAGGAUGUCCUCCUGCAGGAGUUCCAGGAGGCACCCCUCAGCUUCAGACCCACCUACAAAUAUGACCUGUUUUCAGACACGUAUGACACCAGCGGCAAGAAGCGGAAGCCGGCCUGGACUGACAGGAUCCUGUGGAGGCUGAGACCGAAGGCCCCACCCCAGGAAGGUGGGGUGGGACCGUGCGAGGCGGGGGCUCUGGGCCGGCUGGCCGAGCUGCAGCAGCAGCAGGAGGAGGAGGAGGCGAAGUUCCUCGUGAAGGUGCUGCAGGAUGCAUACACCUGCUGCAUGGAGUACAGCUGCAGCGACCACAAGCCUGUCGUCGGCGCCUUCAGCCUGGAGCUGAAGAAGAAGGUGGAGGUACCGUUGGUGCGCUUGUGUGCCCUGGGCGAGUGGAGUGCUGAUGCUGAUGCUUUGCUAACCUACAGCGUCAUGGACUCCUUCCCCGCCAGCGCCUGGGACUGGAUCGGCCUCUACGCGGUUGGGUUCAGGAGUGUGCAGGACUACAUCAGCUACACGUGGGUGAAGGAUGCCGAGGUGUCCCACAGCGAUGAGCUGAUACAGGUGUAUGUGAGUAAGAACGAAAUACCAGUCAGGGGUGGCCAGUGUCUGCUCGGAUACUACAGCAGCAAAAUGCAAUGCAUUGUGGGUCUCAGCCCACCCUUCCAGGUGCACGAGUCGAAGGUGGCAAUCGACGAGGGGGCGGUGCCAGAAAACCAUUACGGAUUGGACUUUAGGACUGUCAAUUAAAGCAGCCGAAAGUCUCCACUGGCUCAUGGCCCUAAUGGACACACCCUCUCUUUGAGGUCACCUGCUGAGUGGCAUCUCUAUACCCCACAUAGAAGGCCAUUUAGCUGUAAUGGUACUACAGGAAGCAGACAGGAAAAGAAGGCAUUUUAUUGUUUUAAAUAUGCUAAUUUUAAUAAUCAUUUAGUUUUGAAUAUAUAAUAUAAGCUUUGAAAAAAAACUUGAAUAUGUAACCAAAAAUGCAGGCUUUGGACCUCUGGCUUUGAUAAUGGUACAUUCCUGUAGAUGGCAGAAUCUAUAGUUAUUUAUUGAGUAUCGUUUUUCAAAGCCGUAAACAUUUAUUUCUUAUGAAGUAUUUCUAUUCCAAAAUUUUCUCAUUCCAUGUUCGCUUCAUGAGUCUGAGAUUUACAGCGGGUAUCGUGGUUUAGUUGGGAGGUGGAAUUAUAGGUGCAGACAGACAGGAAAGUGUGUCAACUGGAAUAUGUCCAGUUCGGUAUACUGGGAAGGAAAACGACAAAUGGGGAGAAAAUAAGAGCGAACAGUGUUUAAAGCUGUUUUAUUAAAAAAAAAAACAGGAGGAGGAUAAUUGUUUGUUACUACUGAAUUGUUUGUUACUAUUCUUACUGAUGUGCGGAAAUGAGCUUUCGUUUCCCGGACACUGGAUACUCGACACGAGCUGCAGGGAUGCGUGUCUCUGCUCGUCUUCGUUUUGGCUCGCGCGUGCCGGUGAGGUGCGGCGGAUCGUGCGGGAAGCUGCAGCCUAGCGUGGCCGUGCGAUUUUUAGGUAAAGCACAGGGGUGACAUUUGGUUUGCUAUAAAAGGAUGAUUCGAUUCGUCCCUCCCUUGUUUCCACUGUCUUGGAUGGAUUAAUGUCCUCCUAUAGCCAGACUCGUCUAUCUAUUUUUAUCAUUGUCCUUCUGCAUCCUCGCAGAUACGUACGGUGUCUGGAGAAUCCACAUUGAUCUCUCUGUUAAUUUAAAAAACGGAGUAAAUAUUUAAAAUGCAGUAUUAAACACAGUUUGUAUCUAAUGUUAUUUAACCUUUUAUUAUAUGAUUACCGUAAGAGCUGAUUCAUCUCGCUACAUUUGCGUUGCCUUUUUAAUUAAAUGUAAAGAACGCAGAUUGUACAAAUGAGUUCAUGAGUGUCCCGAUAAUAUUUUUGGUUUAUGUGGUAGUAAUUGUUAUGCUGUUGCUAUUGUUCUUUUGUUAAUGAUUUUGCUUUUGUACAAGACAUUUUCAGUCUCACCGCCGACCUUAUGUUACGGAUGAUGGCCUGUUGAUUAUUAAAGCAGAAUAGCAAUGAAUAAUAAAACACGUUUGUUUUAGGGCAGAGAGAGAGGUAAGUUUGUGUCAAGUGGACUGCAGCUGAUACUGAGUCACGGCCGGCGAGUUACUAUUGAAAUAAUUUGCUUCAAGUUUUAGGGAAGUUUUAUGUUUUACUGUCUGUUGCCUGAACGGCAACUUACUGUUUAGCGUCUAUGUAGAACAAAAAACUCACGAAAUCAUUUGUUUUUAUUUAAUUACAUAUUUAAACCCUUGCUUUUUUAUAUAAAAUACCGAUUGUUUGAGUAGACAUUCAAUGAUGCUUCUACUGUACGUCAUGAAUGCGACUACAGAAUGUACAUUUAUGAAACCACGUAUUUCGCGAAUGAAAAUGUUUCCUUGGUGAUAAGACUUUUUAAUGUUUUCUUGAUGAAAUGCUAUCAAACUCAUGAAAGUUCAAAUAAAAAUUGGCAAGUGA